AGGCUAACAAAAUUUUCAGAGUUGAGAGGGAGAGAUAAGAGUUUCAGAGAGACAGCAGAAGGGGAAGGAUCAGCUCUUCCUGAUCUGAAUCUCGGCAAGUUCAUUAGAGGCCUGAUAAUGAGCUCGAUCACGGCUCAGAUUUUCUAGUCUUGGAUUCUUUCUACCUGUACAUUGCAGAGAAGAGAAGCGAAGCAAAGCAAAGCAAGCGAGGGCGGAAGGGCUCUGACCGAGACGCCGGCGGCGGAAUGGACGGCCACCACUCGCCGCGCCGUCCGCCGGAGCGGGAGGGGAGCCACAACUACGACAUCGAGAGCACGGACGGCGGAGGGGGCCCGUGGCGGCAGAACGUCUCGUCGUCGGAGGCGCUGCUCCGCUACAGCAACAACGGCGGCGGCGGCGGGAGCGCGCGCGAGCCGCUGCUGCGGAAGCGCACCAUGAACACCACCUCCCAGAUCGCCAUCGUCGGCGCCAAUGUCUGCCCCAUCGAGAGCCUCGACUACGAAGUUGUUGAAAAUGACCUUUUCAAGCAAGAUUGGAGAUCAAGAAAGAAGACACAGAUAUUUCAGUACGUUAUUCUGAAGUGGACCCUGGUGCUUCUUAUAGGCCUGUUGACCGGACUUGUUGGUUUCUUGAACAAUCUUGCAGUUGAAAACAUUGCUGGAUUCAAAUUGUUGCUCACGGGUAAUCUUAUGCUAAAGGAAAGGUAUUUGACCGCGUUUUUUGUUUAUGGAGGUUGUAAUUUAAUCUUAGCAGCUUCGGCGGCAGCAAUAUGCGCUUACAUUGCUCCUGCUGCUGCUGGGUCUGGUAUUCCUGAAGUUAAAGCAUAUCUUAAUGGAGUUGAUGCACACUCAAUUUUGGCUCCCAGUACACUCUUUGUGAAGAUAUUUGGUUCAAUACUUGGAGUUUCAGCUGGAUUUGUACUUGGAAAAGAAGGUCCUAUGGUACAUACUGGGGCAUGUAUUGCCAACCUGCUUGGUCAGGGAGGGUCCCGCAAGUACCGUCUUACAUGUAAUUGGCUAAGAUAUUUUAAGAAUGAUAGGGAUAGGCGAGAUCUAAUUACAUGUGGAUCUGCUGCCGGAGUGGCGGCUGCCUUUCGUGCUCCUGUUGGUGGUGUGCUAUUUGCACUUGAGGAAGCAGCAUCAUGGUGGCGAAGUGCUCUUUUGUGGAGGGCGUUCUUUACAACAGCUGUUGUUGCUGUCGUGUUGAGAUCACUGAUUGAAUUCUGUCGUAGUGGAAAAUGUGGUCUCUUUGGGAAAGGUGGAUUAAUUAUGUUUGAUCUCAGUUCAACUGUUGCAACCUAUAGCACUCCAGAUCUAAUAGCAAUAAUUAUCCUUGGGAUAAUUGGUGGCAUCUUUGGAGGCCUUUUUAAUUUUCUCUUGGACAAGCUUCUCCGUGUUUACAGUAUCAUAAAUGAGAGAGGUGCUCCAUUCAAGAUCCUUCUCACUAUAGCAAUAUCAAUCAUCACAUCAAUGUGCUCCUAUGGUCUCCCUUGGCUUGCUGCAUGCACUCCAUGCCCUGUGGAUGCUGCUGAGCAAUGCCCCACCAUUGGUCGAUCUGGCAACUUUAAGAACUUUCAGUGUCCACCAGGGCAUUACAAUGAUCUUGCAUCACUCUUUUUCAACACAAAUGAUGAUGCCAUCCGCAAUCUAUUCAGUAAUGGAACUGAGUCUGAGUUCCACAUGUCUACCCUCUUCAUCUUUUUCACUGCUGUGUACUGCCUUGGGAUUGUGACUUACGGCAUUGCCGUCCCAUCUGGUCUCUUUAUCCCUGUUAUUCUUGCUGGAGCAACAUAUGGUCGCAUUGUGGGGACACUUCUUGGACCCAUAUCCAACCUUGAUCCUGGUCUUUUUGCUCUUCUUGGUUCAGCAUCCUUUCUUGGUGGAACAAUGAGGAUGACUGUGUCAGUAUGUGUUAUCCUUCUAGAGCUCACCAAUGACCUGCCCAUGCUCCCUCUGGUAAUGCUUGUCCUUCUCAUAUCAAAGACUAUAGCGGAUAUUUUUAAUAAAGGUGUUUAUGAUCAGAUAGUGGUAAUGAAAGGCUUGCCAUACAUGGAGGCUCAUGCUGAACCAUACAUGAGACACUUGGUUGCUGGUGAUGUUGUGUCUGGCCCACUAAUUACAUUUUCAGGUGUUGAGAAGGUUGCAAACAUUGUUCAUGCACUGAAGAUCACAGGCCACAAUGGAUUUCCAGUGGUUGAUGAACCACCUCUAACAGAAGCACCUGAAUUGGUGGGACUUGUGACCAGGUCUCAUCUGUUGGUUCUGUUGAAAAGCAAGAUGUUCAUGAAAGACCAGGUGAAAACUAGUGGUAGCUUUGUCCUUCAAAGAUUCGGUGCCUUUGACUUUGCCAAGCCUGGGUCAGGGAAAGGUUUGACAAUUCAGGACCUGGACUUCACUGAUGAGGAGAUGGAAAUGUAUGUUGAUCUCCAUCCAGUUACAAACACUUCACCUUAUACGGUGGUUGAGACAAUGUCACUUGCAAAAGCUGCAAUCCUAUUCCGUGCACUCGGAUUGAGGCACCUUUUGGUUGUGCCAAAGACACCAGAUAGGCCUCCCAUUGUCGGAAUUCUGACAAGGCAUGAUUUUGUGGAGGAGCAUAUCCAUGGGCUGUUCCCAAAUCUCAAUCCUCACAAGUUCCACUCAACGUCGAUGGGAGGCUGAUUGCGAAGCGUUUCGCCACCGCUCAUUCAUGUAAAAAGAGUAUAGGAAGUGUUCAUGGUAUGUAAUUUACAAAAUCUUGCCUGGAAUGUGUUGGCAGAGAGCUCAUUAUCUGUACAUCAAUUGGGUGGAUUUUUGUAGCAUAUCAUCUCUUACAGCGUAUUUGGUUCAGUUGCAUGUUUUGAGUCUGACUGGAAACGCUCUGUAAAUGUAGAGCAAACAUUCAGAACACCAAAUUUUGGAAAGCAUGUAUUAUUAUUAUUAUUUCUGUAAACUUGUACUGAAGCAUAUUUGACAGUUUAUAUGUUUAACUCAUAUUUUUAGUGAAAUCAA